AUGCCCCUGACCCGGGCAGAGCCGGCUGCUGGCACAGAGGACACUAGAGCGGUGUCCCCGGCUGUGGACCUGGUGCUGGGCGCCUCGGCCUGUUGCCUGGCCUGCGUCUUCACCAACCCCCUGGAGGUGGUGAAGACUCGGCUGCAGCUGCAGGGGGAGCUGCAGGCUCCGGGCACCUACCCUCAGCCCUACCGGGGCUUUGUGGCCUCCAUAGCCGCCGUGGCCCGAGCAGAUGGGCUGAGUGGCCUGCAGAAGGGGCUGGCCGCCAGCCUGCUCUACCAGGGCCUCAUGAACAGCGUCCGCUUCUAUUGCUACAGCCUGGCCUGCCAGGCCGGCCUCACGCAGCAGCCAGGGGGCACCGUGAUCGCAGGUGCGGUGGCUGGGGCCCUGGGAGCCUUCGUGGGGAGCCCUGCUUACCUGGUCAAAACGCAGCUGCAGGCCCAGACGGUGGCCGAGAUGGCCGUGGGGCACCAGCACCACCACCAGAGCCUCCUGGGCGCCAUGGAGACCAUCUGGCGGCAGCAGGGUCUGGCAGGUCUGUGGCGGGGUGUGGGCGGGGCUGUGCCCCGAGUCAUGGUUGGCUCUGCUGCCCAGCUGGCCACCUUCGCCUCGGCCAAGGCCUGGGUGCAGGAGCGACAGUGGCUCCCGGAGGACAGCUGGCUGGUGGCGCUGGCCGGAGGCAUGAUCAGCAGUGUGGCGGUGGUGGCCGUCAUGACCCCCUUCGAUGUGGUCAGCACUCGGCUGUACAAUCAGCCCGUGGAUGGAGCUGGCAGGGGCCGGCUGUACCGGGGCCUGGCGGACUGCCUGGUGAAGAUCUGGCGGCAGGAGGGUCCCCCGGCUCUCUACAAGGGCCUGGGCCCCGCCUACCUGCGCCUGGGCCCCCACACCAUCCUCAGCAUGCUCUUCUGGGACGAGCUCCGGAAGCUGGCCCGAUAG